UCACGUCUGUUCGACAUUCACAGGUGUUCGUGCUCUGCUCUGGACUUUUCACAAUACGCACAUUUUGCGUCAGACAGGAUAGAAACGUCUUCUAUUAAUCGCGUUAUAUUUACUAGGGGAAUCCGCCCCUAAAUUGCAGUAGUAUAACAAACUCACAUGAAACAAAACAGAACGAACACGUAUCACCUAUGUAUUUGCCGGCCUCUCUUAUUCUCCAUACUGUUCCAGUGACGAAGUCGGACGAAACCUAUUGACAGAGCAAACAAAUACGACCAUAUAAGCCGGAAAAACCUCCCAACACGGGUACACCUGCAAAAAGGACUGUACAUGGAGCAGAUAUCAAAGUGACGAAGUCGGACAAAACCCAUUGACAGAGCAAACAAAUACGACCAUAUAAGCCGGAAAAACCUACCAACACGGGUUUUCUGUACACCUGCAAAAAGGACUGGAAAUAGAGCAGAUAAGAUUCUGUGUUGUGAGUAAGUGAAGGAUGGAUUCCAUACGACACAUCUUGCCUGCUCACCUAGGUAACAUGAUGGACUAUAGUCUUGUUACCACAAGCGUCACGCCUACGUCAUGUUUCCUACUCUUCCUUGUGGUAUUCAUACUGUGUCGGUUAAUAACCAAGCCCAAGUACCCACCCGGACCCAUGGCCCUCCCGGUCAUCGGAAACUAUAAACUUUUGACAGACCCGAAAAUACACGAGGCUUGUGCGCGUCUGUCUGAGAAGUAUGGGCCUGUUGUAACAGUUCAAUUUGGUCCUUCAAAAACCGUCGUUUUAAACAGCAUAGAGACUGUGGUGGAGGCUAUGGUCAAAAGGCGUGCUGACUUCGCAGGGAGGCCCCCAGUUCCGUCAGGAAUGACGUUAAGUGAAGGAGGGAAGGAUAUACUAAUGUCACAGUACACGCCAAGCUUAAAGGUUCACCGCAAGAUAGUCAGUGCUGCACUUCGGAAGUACAUCAAAGGUCCCUUCCUGCAGACGAUAUUAGAAAAGUCCAUGGGACAAUUUAUCAAGCUGUUCGAGGAAACGAAGGGAAACCCUUUCAUACCUCACGAAUAUAUUGAUCUGGCUCUGUUCAAUAUUAUAUGUGGAGUGUGCUUUCAAAAAGUAUAUAAAUUUGACGACCCAAAGUUCAAGCAUUACUUAGAUAUAGACAACCAGUUCGUGGCAGAGUUCGGAAUGGGGCUCAUUGAGGACUUGUAUCCCAUUUUGGCAAAGGUUUGGCAAAGUCAACGAUACAAGAAAGUAGUAAGCUUAUUUAGGGAGCUUCUUCACUAUAUCCAUGAAGAGCUGGAAGCUCAUAAACAAGAUUUUGAUGAAGGGAACAUCCGGGACUUUGCCGACUGCCUACUAAUGGCGCGGAAAGAGGCUGAGAACGAGGAGGAUGUAGAGAUACUGAGUCAACUGACAGACGUCCAUCUGAGACAAACACUCUCGGAUACUUUCACGGCGGCAUUCGAUACAACACGAUUUACCAUUCAAUGGGCUUUAUUGUACAUGGCUGAUCACCAGGACGUGCAGAGGAAAGUACAGGCCGAACUGGACAGGGUGGUGGGACGUGACCGCCUUCCUCGAGUAGACGACCGACCUUCCCUUCCAUACACUGAAGCCACGCUUUUCGAGGUGAUGCGAAUCGCCUCUGUUGCGCCACUAGGAAUGCCACAUAUGACCAUGGUAGACUCCUCUGUUGGUGGGUACACCGUACCCAAGGGUACCACAGUCAUCAUUAACCACUGGGCGUUACACAACGACCCGCGGCACUGGAAAGAACCGUCUAAAUUGGACCCUGAGCGAUUUUUGAAUUCGGAUGGCACGUUGGCGAGGAAACCAGAAAGUUUCCUUCCUUUUUCUGCCGGACUGAGGGUUUGUUUGGGAGAGUCUACUGCCAAACCGGAACUCGUGAUCAUCCUUGCCCUUAUCCUACAUCAAUUUAACAUUAAGCUGCCACCAGGUGUCAAAGCCGACUACUCGCCGGAGUGUACCGGCUUUAUUGGCUACACAGCCAAUAGAUACAAAGUAAUUGCAGAAAAAAGAUGUUAGGUCUUCAGCAUUAUUCAGGCACUCUUACAGUCAUUGGACGAAGUUUUGGGUUGUUUUGUAGAAAAUUGACUACUGCUUUGAAAGUAUCUAUUCAUAUAUUGUCAUCACGCAGAACAAACAAUUCCUAUAUGGAUUACAUCUCCUUUGAUACAUAUAUAAGUACGCUUCUGUCAACUUUUUUUUAUAUAUUUGUCUCUUGUCGUUUAAUUGAAUAACAAGUAUUUCUGUUAAUCCAAUUUGAAUGUACCAAAAAUAAAUAUAAAACAAAGACAUUCUCACCUUGUGCAAAUGUGAUUAACAGAAUAUUAUUAAAUACAU